UAAGGUUAUAGAUGUAUAGAACUACAUAGAUGAAAUUGUAUAGAACUACUAAGGUUAUAAAUGAACUGUAUAGAACUAGGUUAUAGAUGUAUAGAACUACUAAGGUUAAAGAUGAACUGUAUUGAACUACUAAGGUUAAAGAUGAACUGUAUUGAACUACUAAGGUUAUAGAUGAACUGUAUAGAACUAGGUUAUAGAUGUAUAGAACUACUAAGGUUAUAGAUGAAUUGUAUAGAACUACUCAUACUGAAGAACGUAGCGUCCAUACAAAUUCAGAAAGUUGCAAUAUUCAACUCGGAUCGUAAAAAAAUCUAUUUAUUUCCAAACAAAUCAUUCAGAUAUUACAACCUUUCCUAUAUUCAUCGAUUUUUCUUCGACGCAUUCCGAUAUAGUUGAUAUUUCAUAAAAAUUCUUACAUAUAUGAUGCAAUUUAAACGACGAUUAGUUGGCCGCCAGGUGUCUCUGCUCUCUCUUAACGGACAAAAAUUCGUCGUGUUAAGUGAAUUGUUUCUCUGUAAUGUAUUUGUACAACAUAUAUUUUUAUAUCUUCUUUGUCUAUAACAAGUAUGUAUACAUUUGUGAUUUCUCUUUGUAUCAACGCCAAUACAGCUGAAUCGAUUGGUCCCAAUUUUUUUGUGGUAUCUCAUAUUUUAAUAGGAAUGGUUUAUGACAGAUCGAAAAAAAAACAGGAAGAAAAAUGUGAAUAUAAAUUCUUUUUAGUAUUCUAUAUAUCUUCUAUAUCUUCUACAUAAUUUCUAAUAUAUUUGAUGUGGUGAGGUGAGGGUAUAAUAAAUGUAAAGAUGAGAAUAUUCUAGAAGUAUUUGGCUCGAAUCCUGCUAACUCAGCAAUCAUAAUUCUCAAGUAUGUAUAGUCUUUACAAAAACUUGUACAUUAAAAAGGUUCAAUGACAUUGUAAGCAGGAAAACAUUUCUCUUUUUAUAACUAUGUUUUAACCAACAUGACGCACAGUCCCUUGUAUACGCAGAACAUACGAUCUCCUCAUUGCGUCUUGUCCAGCGUUAGUCAGCUUUCAUCCUGGAUUAAUAAACGACCUGGAGAAAAUGUCAGUUUGGAUUCCACGAGAUUUAUCUGAAAUUAAACCCAGUAGUUUCUCUAAAUCUUCAAGAUUUCCAAAGAGAGAGAAAAGUGAAGCAGAAGUUGAUCCUUACUACAGGUGUAUGCUUGGAGAGAUCUGCUAGAGGAGAGAGAAGAGAUAUCUAAACAGUUCAACUCGGAACCAAGAGAAGCAUCAUCUCUUCUCCCGGAUAAAUCCAACCGUCUCAUCGAUAUAUAUCAUAGGGAUAGGAAGGAGAAGGGUGGUAUCCACUUUAUGAAUGGAUAUUGGCAGAUACCAAGAUUAGGACCUAAAGUUUACAGAGAUAAAUGGGGAUUAAAGAUUAUAGAUAAUCUUGAGCCUGAACCUGCUCCAUAUAAGAGUCUGAAGAAAGAAGAUAAAGAAUACCAUUAUCAGUGGCCUUUAACAGAUGCUGACACGGGUCCAUCGAUUGCUAAUUAUCUCAAGAAAAAUUAAUUAAUAUAUUUCAUGCAAAUUUAAAGAUAAAUAAACAAAUAAAUAUUCCAAUUAUAA